AUGAGAGCCGCUCUUCGAUUCGUCACACCCGCCGACAAAUCUCUUUCCUUUCUCUGUUUUCCUCUCUCCUUCUUCGUCGCACCCGUCUCGCGAAGGAUCGCCGCCAAUUUUCGAAAAAGCGCUUUCGACGAGGAGCGGACGUUCUUCAACCGCGUCUCCUCCGACCGUCUCGCCGAUCCGCGAGGCCCGAUCGAUCGCGAUCGCGAUCACGAUCCGCACGACGCAAGGUGCGUCGCGAUGCGUCGCAACGCGAUAACAACGUCGUAAAUCCGCGGAAUACCGGGUGCAUCCGUACGGGACGCGCGCGCGAGCGCGCGUGCGUGGAAUUCGCGGUGCGAAUCCUUCGCGCCGGAUGGGACACACCGUGCGCACCGCCGCCGAGCAGGAAGAGGAUCCUCGCGGAAGAAGACGUACGUCCGUCACUCCGCGAGUUUGUUUUGACGACGGCUCACCGUUUACGCCGCGCCGUGUUCUACGGUAAAAGCGCGAGAGGCGCGAGCGGAGGCGCUGCGUCGUAACGCGCGCUGUGAUCCAAGUGCGCGAUUUCUGCACGAAGUUAGAACGUGUUUAUCGAAUGUGAACGUUGGCGAACGCGCGGAGAGAUCGAUCGACGCGAUCCUUCCUACCCGCGGGGAGACCAACAUUCCUAUACAUCGCCGCAAGAAUAUCUCGCGAGAAUCAAGUCAAGAUCGACUCUCGCGAUCGUCCGAGAGACUAUAUACGUCUCGUCGUCUUCUGCGCGUUAUACGUGCUACAUCUUACAUUCGAGUGGUGGAUCUUUAACGAACGCGCACACGAAGCGCACGGCCGGAGAUCCCUCGUGCCGCGCACGGGAUCUCACGCGGGCGGUUUUUCGACGACCCCCGCUGAAACUGCGAGGGAAUCGUGCAGCGGCGCCGCGCCUUCCUCCCUGAGGAGGAUGCGAGGAAGGAUUUCGCCUCUUGCCGAGGAAACAUGUCCCGCGGCGGUCGUCGCAACGCGCGAACCGGUUGCGCGCUCUUAAAAUAGUUUCUCACGCGCGUAGGUAACUGGCGCGCCGCGCGCGCACCGCCGUCCCGUCGCUGGAACACGGACGCCGCCGCCGGCGGAGUAGUGCCAGGAUGACGGGUUGGAAUUGGAGCGCAUUGUUCGUCGCGGCCGUCGUCGGGAUUCUGCUGCUGACCGCGACGAAACGCUCGGAAGCGUGCAACGAGGCGAUCUGCGCCAGCGUCGUGAGCAAGUGCAUGCUUACGCAGAGCUGCAAGUGCGACCUGGUCACCUGCACCUGCUGCAAGGACUGCUUCUCGUGCUUGAGCUACCUGUACGACGAGUGCUGCUCGUGCGUAGAUCUAUGCCCGAAGCCGAAUAUCAGCGACAACCCGUUGAGCAGGAAAUCUCACGUGGAGGACUUCAACGAGCCAGUGCCGGCGCUCUUCCAGGCACUCACGGCCGAGGCGGACCCGCACGAGAGAUGGCUCACCUUCACGUAUCCGGUAGACAUUGACUUGGCGGCGUUCGCGAAACACGAGAACGAAAUGAAAUAUCAUUCGCAAACCGCGAACGAGGAGCAUCCGCUGAAGCCGAACGUGAUGACGGUGAACUGCACGGUCGCGUUCAUGGCGCAGUGCAAUUCCUGGAACAAGUGCCGGGCGUCCUGCCAGAGCAUGGGCGCCGCGAGCUACAGGUGGUUCCACGACGGCUGUUGCGAGUGCGUAGGCGACACGUGCCUCAACUACGGGAUCAACGAGUCGAGGUGCGCGCUGUGCUCGCCCGGGGACGAGGACGUGGACCUCAAGGAUCCGCAGUACGACGAUUUCGGUCAGGACGAGGACGAGGACGUGCUGGACGAGGACGUGGACGACUAGCCGUCGCUUUCCCUCGAGAGACGUUCUUCAUCCAAUGUCUUCCAUUCCGAAUAUACAUGUAUAUGUUAAUGCGACGAGGGGGAGAAGUGUUGCGUGAAAGACGUUCCGAAAAAAUAACGCGAGAUCUUCUUCUAAAGAAUUCAACUUUUUAUCAUUGUGUAAAAAAAAAGUGAGACUUUACUCCAAUCAUAGUGUACGCUGGUAUGUACGCUAGUACGCCGGUUGGAGGUUUUUAUCUUUCGGAAAAUCGUAUAGCGUUUAUGACGUCAUAAUUAUAGAUUAGCGAAUCUACUCCUCGAUGUAGAAUUACUUGUGUUACGGUUUGCCUCGUAAUCUACGAUUCUCUCUCCGAGCGAGUAGAGGGAGACUUCCAAUGAUCUGGACUGUUUGGAAUUAUCGAUCGCGACGAAACGAUUGUGACGAAACUUGUAAGUGUAAACCCAAUCUCAGAGUGUCGUCCUUUUAAAAUAUGGGGAUCUCAACGAACUUUAUAAUUGAAGUAUCUUACCCGAGACUAUCGAGUGAAAUGUGUGGGAAUAUAAUAAUCUUUGUACGUGUCGUCAAACGCGAACGCGACCCUAGGCACCUUGUCAGAGAGACCUGAUGCGUCUUUGUAUAUGACUGCAACGAUAUAAUAUUGUAAAUGUAGCCUUUUAUUUCCAUUCUUUUUUUUCUUUCUUUUUACUUACUAAGAAUGCACUUGGGCAACGCUAGGUUAUUCGUUCAACAUCGAAAAUCUUUAUUAUCGCGUCCGUGCCAUAAGUGAAAUUGUACAUACAACACAGAUUGCUCUCGAUCAGAGAAUCGAGAUCGCUUUACACAUUGCAGAAUUCCCUCUCGAAAUUCCUCUGAUAGAAUAUAUCAAGGAUUUUAGGUACAGUACCGCUGAUAAAUUUCCGGACAUUCUGUGAAACUGAUGCCUAAACUGAUGUUUUAAAACAUUUUUUCACUUGCCGUACAUGACGUGAAGUUUAAUCUUAUUUUAUUUUAUUUAAGGAAUAUAUUUUUUUGUUUUUAUAUAUGUAAACGCUAUUUAAUAUUUGUAAAAGAGAGAGGCACGUGUGAGAAGGAAGAAUUAAUAUCCCCGAGGAUACAUUAAUUGAGAAAACUGUUUGAAAAAAAUCAUAGAGGUAGAUUAACGAUGAUUCUACUCUAUUUGACUUUUAUUUAUGUGUACGUUAUAUGCUGAAUUCUCUUAUUUAUGUAAUAUGGGACGUGUAUGAAGUGUUCGAAAAUUUACGAGCGGUAGGCGCACUGCGUAUCUCUUAAGGACAGUUUUGACGUGCACGCAGUAGCGAUUAGGUAAGAACGCGCGCCGCGUCUCUUCGAGUGGAAUGUGAUAUGCUUCAGGAUCGAUUUUGGUAUAGGUAAUGAUAUUUAACGAGAUGCGCGCGAAGACACACUCUCGAAGCGUUUUUCCGGACGCUAUCCGGACGCGGCACAACGCGCGAAUAACGAUGGUCGCACGAUGCGCGCGUGCGACUUUGGCGUUUCGGGUGGGACUCGAGAAGAACGAAGAGUAAUCCUCGUAAAUGAGCGAAACUCCUCAAUUGGAUCAUGCGUACAUCUGUAUAUACGAGUUUUAACAACAAUACAGAACGUCCAUUUUUUUUAACGCAGACGAAGCUACACUUCGUAACACUUGUUGGAUAAUAAGACUCUUUGAAUACGAUUUAACACUAGAAUUACCAAAGCAGUCAAAGUGACUGUUUAUAGUUUUUAUAAUUUUUUAAGAAUGACAAUUUGCAAUUUAAAAAACAAUAUGACUCAAAUUUCGAAUGGUGCGUUGCCUGAUAUUUUUCCGGACUUUUACUUCAGUGUGACUAAAUUGAUCACAAUUUAUUCAUUUCUCUAUAUAUCUUUUUUCCCAGAAAGAUAUAUAUUUAUAAAUAGUGGUAGAAAUUAUAAUUGUCGGUAGCUCUGGUGUUAAAUGCUCCUCUUUGAACUGCAUCGCCAUGUGUGAUUUGUAUAUCGUAACCGUAAACAUUACGAAGUGAGCAGCCUGUAUAACGUUCUUAUAUAUUUUUCUAUCGUUAGUUGCACAUACUCAAUAUGCACGUACUAACUCACGCCGUCACAAAUAUCAAACAUGUAUACAUCACAAAUAAAAUUGAUCUAAGUGAA